AGCUGAGGGGAGGCGCUCCCAGUCCCUCUCAGAAGCUGCUGGGCCACUGGGAACGUUUGGAUUCGUUCACCUCCCGCGGAGAAGCGAGACCAGAUCGCCGACGUGGGCAGAGACCUCCGGGGGCCAGCAGAAAUUCUGCCCCUUCCUCCCGCGAGCGCUUUCCCGCCCUCCAAACCCUAUUCUUAGGUGGCCAUGGCCUCACCGCCCACUCGGAACCCCAGCGUUUCUGACUUAUUCUCUGGGCUGCCGCCGGCGAUCACAACUCCCGCCAACCAGAGCACAGAGGUCUCCGCGGGCAACGGGUCCGCGGCUGGCGAGGACGCUGCGGCCGUCACGCCCUUCCAGAGCCUGCAGCUGGUGCAUCAGCUGAAAGGGCUGAUCGUGCUGCUCUACAGCGUCGUGGUGGUCGUGGGGCUGGUGGGCAACUGCCUGCUGGUGCUGGUGAUCGCGUGGGUGCGCCGGCUGCACAAAGUGACCAACUUCCUCAUCGGCAACCUGGCCUUGUCCGACGUGCUCAUGUGCGCCGCCUGCGUUCCGCUCACGCUGGCCUACGCCUUCGAACCGCGAGGCUGGGUGUUCGGCGGCGGCCUGUGCCACCUGGUCUUCUUCCUGCAGCCGGUCACCGUCUAUGUGUCGGUGUUCACGCUCACCACCAUCGCUGUGGACCGUUACGUCGUGCUGGUGCACCCGCUGCGGCGGCGCAUCUCGCUGCGCCUCAGCGCCUACGCGGUGCUGGCCACCUGGGCGCUGUCCGCGGUGCUGGCGCUGCCCGCCGCCAUGCACACCUAUCACGUGGAGCUCAAGCCGCACGAUGUGCGCCUCUGCGAGGAGUUUUGGGGCUCCCAGGAGCGCCAGCGCCAGCUCUACGCCUGGGGACUGCUGCUUGGCACCUACCUGCUCCCCCUGCUGGUCAUCCUCCUGUCUUACGUCCGGGUGUCCGUGAAGCUCCGCAACCGGGUGGUGCCCGGCUGCGUGACCCAGAGCCAGGCCGACUGGGACGGCGCGCGGCGCCGGCGCACCUUCUGCUUGCUGGUGGUGGUGGUUGUGGUGUUCGCCGUCUGCUGGCUGCCGCUACACGUCUUCAACCUGCUGCGGGACCUCGACCCGCGCGCCAUCGACCCCUACGCCUUCGGGCUGGUGCAGCUGCUCUGCCACUGGCUCGCCAUGAGCUCGGCCUGCUACAACCCCUUCAUCUACGCCUGGCUGCACGACAGCUUCCGCGAGGAGCUGCGCAAACUGUUGCUAGCUUUGCCCCGAAAGAUAGCGCCCCAUGGCCAGAACAUGACCGUUAGCGUGGUCAUCUGAUGCCACUGAGCCAGGCAUUAGUCAAGGAGCUCCACUUCCACUGGCCCCGGAGGGCACCACGCGAGGUCAGCCCGGAGAGCUUAUUCUCAGCACCAGAGCUAAGCCAACACACGGCUACAUUUCCAGCCCAGCCCUCUUGUCCGGCUGUCUGUCUUCUCCUUGUGUCUUUGUAAAAUAUUAAGUGGGCUGGAAAUGUAGAGUCUUGCUCUUUGCUUGGGGGAGGCCAGAGCGAGGGAGGGGGAUUUAUUAUUUCUUCUUUAUGCCCUUGAAGGACAAACAAAACUUUUUCUCCACAUUCAGAAAAGUAUUUCAGAACCAUGAUUGCCUUCCUGGCGUCUCCUCCUGCUCUUUGGUGAAAUGAACAGUGUGAAUAGGAUUUAAAAGGAAUGCGGUGGGCUUGGUAAAGCUUUUCAGUUUGCCUUUAGAAAAAGAACCCAGCUGAGAGGACCCUCAUAUUGCUUAGCCCAUUUGAACCUUUGCAUUUCUAGGAUUUCAGGUAAAUACGUAUUAAAAAUCUACAUCUAGGAUUUCAGUAUUUCCUGAAUAAGACCUUUAUAUGCCAAAAGCAUUUAGUUUUACAUCCACUUGAAUUUAUAGUGCAAAAACACCUACAAGCUCUCUUUAGAAAGGUCUUGCUUUUGUUUCCCUCCUUUCCUCCCCAACUACUAUUUAAAAAUGAUGAGAUGAAUUAGUCAAUGAAGAGAUAAAUACGGAUAAAGAGGAAAAGGUUCAAUUCAUUUAAGAGGGCAUUUAAUUGUACAUAAGGACAGACAUUGUGUGUGUGUGUGUGUGUGUGUGUGUCCAGUGUUUGCCACAAAGUGGGCACUCAAAUAUUUGGUUUUCAGAAUACUCAAUGUAAACUGUGUGGUGUGGCAUUCUCUUGCAGUCUCUAAUUGCUCACUUGCAACAGAUCAACAGCUGUCAUCUGACUGCUCAGCACCUGCUCUGUGGUGAUACUUGGAACAUAAUCAACCCAGAAUACAAGGACUGGCAGAAGUUUACUUAAGGACAGAACAGAAGAAUAAGCUACCAACCACAUGAUGUGUAGAUCAAACACUAAUUACUUCCAGGGUUAAGGGAACAGGUGAAGACUGUGGGGCAUGAUACCAGGCUGAUAAGCAUCACUUUAACCUCCUGAGAGUUCUGUAAAUGAGGACAAGUGCCUUGAGACUAGGUUCUCCACACUGUUGGAAUAGCAACUGGGGCAGUGAGGGCAGGAGUCUUGGGAAAUGAUGCACAGUAUCCAGCUGUCAGAUCAGCCUCUGUGUUCCUAGUAACUCAGUCACCAUCUGUAAGGUUCAACUACUUUCCCAGCUCACUGAACACAAGAAUCACUGUUUCACCUCCUCCUGCUUCUCUUAUUCUCAGAAAUAAGCUCACUCAUUAAAAUGUGCCCUAAAAGGAAAGGAAAGAGGGAUGAUAUGGGAAUGACAAGGGUUUAAUCCUAUUACAUUUAUGUCAACAACCACGGUGGGAGUGGAAGUACUCACAGUUGGGCUGGUUAGCAUAGGAAUCUUUAGUAGUUACAGAGCUAGAAUUUUUGCACAUGUUGAAGAGUGGGACAGGCUGGCUUCGGAAAAAGGAAAAAGGAGGCAAAGAUGCGGACGGAGGUUACCUCUGGCAAUGGUGCUAAAUGAACUUUGAGCUUUAUCCAUGGAUUGGAGAACAAAGAACCUGUGUGCUAAUGGUGCAGCCCACCCCUGCCCCAGAUGAGCUCAUCUCCCAGGCUUCCUGGGGACUGGCUCCUAUGCUUCUAGCUGCUCUAUUAUUUGGGAGGCUCAGGACCAGACAUUCCCGUUCCCUCAGAGAGUUCCUUUGAUGGUUGUGUGUAGAGAGUGUAAGUGGUAGGGGGAAGGAGAGAGAGAGGGAUUAUUUGGGGAGGGAUCUGAGGAUCUGAUUCAUUGUGGCCUCUUUUUUGGAAGGUUUAAAUCACUGGUUCUCAGCCCUGGCUGCUCCUAGAAUCACCUGGGAGCUUUUUUUUUCUUCUUCUUUUUAAAUUGAUGUCUGGGCCCUUCUCCCAAGAGUCUAAUUGAUUUGAGAUGGUGCCUGGACACUAGCAUUUUCCAAAGCACUUCAGGGGAUUUUAAUGUGCAACCAAGAUUAAGCACCUUAAGAAUUAUCCUUGCUAGGGCAGGAUGCAGUGGCUUACAGUUGUAAUCCCAGCAUUUUGGGAGGCUGAGGUGGUCAUACCAUGAAGUCAGGAGUUCGAGACCAGCCUGGCCAACAUGGUGAAACUCCAUCUCUAUUAAAAAUACAAAAAUUCGCAAGGUGUGCUGGUGGGCACCCAUAAUCCCAGCUUCUCAGGAGGCUGAGGCAGGAUAAUUGCUUGAACCUGGGGAGGCAGAGGAUGCAGAGAGCUGAGAUCACACCACUGUACUCCAGCGUGGGUGACAGAGCAAGACUCCAUCUCAAAAAAAAAAAAAAAAAAGAAUUAUCCUCUUUCUAAUGAAUUUUGGAAACAUCUGAAUGAAGCUUUAUUUGCACCCACCAAAGGUGUUAAGAAUUUGGAGUUGAAUUUGACAGUGUUACACGUUAGAGAAUACUCUUUUCAUCUUCAGACAAUACCCGCUCAAUCACAAAGAGGCAAAUUAUUGAAAUCAGAAUAUGUAGGGGUUUGUUCCACAGUACUUACAUAUUUCAUAUGUAUCCAUCCAAUAAUUCAGAAAAAAUAUCAUCAUUCAACUUUAGGUCAAUUGUACUAUAAAGUCACACACCAUGGCCCGGUACCGUGGCUCACACCUAUAAUUCUAACACAUUGGGAGGCCAAGUGGGGAGGAUUGCUUGAGCCCAAGAGUUCAAGACCAGACUGGGAAAUAUGGCAAAACCCCAAUCUCUACAAAAAAUAGCCAGAUGUGGUGGUAUAUGCCUGUGGUCCCAGCUACUCGGGAGGCCCAGGUGGAUCACUGGGCUGCAGUGAGCUGUCAUUACUCCACUGCACUCCAGUCUCAGUGACAGCGCGGGACCUAGUCUCAAAAAAAAAGUUACAUACCAUGAAUUAUUUUAAAUCUUGGUUGUCGGGGUGUUAGAAAAAGUCAUCCCUGACUAGCUUAAGUUUAUAUCAGCUAUGAAAACAAGCAUCUCCAUUAAUUACUAUAAAAGUUGCCACUGGAUUCUGUCAUGCCUACAACUUAAGUUUUAAACACUAAAUGGACUUUAUAAAGAACCUAAAGAGGUUGGAGAAUUAGCUUGUGCUUAUAACAUCUUUCCAUAUUAUGAAAAUCGGUAACUGAAUAGCAAUUAAUCAAUUUUUACAACAUCUGAUAUCUGUUUGGGACUAGUUUAUAAAUCAAACAGAAUUUCAAAAAAAAAUCUCUCAGAUGUGAGUCCCACAGAGAUCUGCAUAGGAUUGUAGGUAGAAAAUUUUAUCUAAUAAUUCAUUUUGGUUAAUAUCAAGCACCUAAGAUGUAUACAUAGGCCUCUUCCUGCAAGGAGUAAUACAGGCAGUCAAGCUGGGAACUGAGCCAACUUGGUACUUGGCAGCAGCCCUUCUCAAGGCUGAUGGGAGGUUCUGUAAUCCUCUUUGCAAGCAUUGUCACCAGGUCUCACUUUUGGCAGCCAAUCAAUAGCUUUAUCUCACUAAACUGGCAGAAGAGUGUUUCUUCCUGGCAACAGCUACCUGGAAAUAGCAACUGUGAGGGAUGCUAAGGUAAUGAUAUUCCAAUUCCUGUAACUGUCUUGAUUUUUUGUUCUUGUGAAUUUUCAAUCUGCUCUUUUACUGGGAUAGCUAAGUUCCAGGUUUAUUUUCUCAGGUAGGCUUACCCACCACCUCUGUUCUGUGGUUUGCAUUCCUGAACAUCUAGUAGUCUUUCAAAUGUAAGACACAAAACUAACCUCAAGAGUGUGGCUAGAUCUGGGAGUGAAUACAGGGCCUGUCCCUCACAGAUGAGAGGUCAGGAGCACCUUUGUUUCCCAAGGCAGGUUCUUAAUUGAUUUACCUUCAUUCAUUGAUGUCUUUGCUAUGUGUGUAAAAUGCAUGUGCUGCUGAAUCACAUGUGAAGCUCUUCAGACUGGAGUUUACACUGUGUUUGACAUGUUGUGGGAGCUCAAUAAAUACUAAAUCAGUUGCACAGUC